CUUCCCCGCCGCAGUGAGGAGCGACCGGGCGGCCAUGUUGUGCGGGGGGAGGGGAGCAAGGAGUUGAGAGGAGACGGCGGAGGCUCCCUCACACACACGGCACAAGAUGGCCGGGGAGCAGCCGCACCUCCCGCCCGUCUCCCGGCGCUCUCCCCGCCGCUCGCACCGGGGACGCCCGGCGAGCGCUCUCGGUGCCGCUCCCGGGCGCCAGAUCGGGCCCGGCGCUCUGUGGGCUCCGGGGCUUCGGAGGGCGGCGAGCUGGGCUGCCGAGCGGGGCUGCCGACGGUCGGGCAGCAAUGGCGCCGGGCUGCGGAGCCCUGCCCGCGCCGCUCCCUCGCCGGGCGGGCGUGGGGCUGCCCUUGACCGCGGGCAGGGAGAGCCGGCAGCAGCGUCCCGUCCUCGGGGCCCCGGGUGCCUGCCAGCGGGGCUGCUCUUCGCCGGGUAGAAUUUCAUGAACAGAACUGUAUUUCCUGACUGGCUUCCAGAGGAUUCGUUCAUGCCUUAUUUUUCUUAGGAGUGUUACUGGAUAUUGAUCUUCCAAAGAUUCAGAUGACUGGUUGGGCAAAAGACCUUGAGCAAAAUUCUGUACUUUGCGUGCCAGAUGUGUUGAGGAAUUGAUUGACACAUUGUAAGCAAAAUAGCUGCUCUUGGUUGAAGUACUGAAUCCAUUCAGAUGAAGAGUGUCAAAAGGAGUCUACGAAUGAGACACCAAGAUGGCAGUUCCACUGGGGAUUGAGAGGUUGAGGAAGUGGACUAAGGCUUGAGUGCUGGGAUGUCUGUCCAAGAAAAGGAUGUUAAAACGUGGACUCUCAUGUUAUUAAACCAGAGAAGAUCUGGGUUGUGAUCAUCUUAUCAAAAUGGACUUUGCAUUUGAAUUAAUCAGUGACUAUCCAAUGAUGGAUCUGUUUGAGGACUGGGUGGCAAAAUUUUCUUUUUGGGUUGUGUUUGCAUGACAGGCAAAUUAAUUUGGUAAAAGAUCUGUUGCUACCCCUUUUGAAAAAAUGUAAUUUAUAAAGUGAAUUUAAAUAAAAGGUUUUGCUUUAUUUCACACUUUGUGUUGGUCCUUUCUGGCUGAAUAUUUUUUAUUGUGUUGGUAUUGAAGUGGGCUACUUUUUUUUGGUUGCUAUUAAACUGAGAAAUACUUCAGCUAAAUACUGAAGGCGAGGUAAAAUUUUGUGCUAUACUUGGUAUCAAAUGUGGUUUUCAUUUGCAAAUUAUGUUCAUUUUGCCAUGACUUUCAAUGAAUUUUUAUUCGCUGGCUUGUUCAUUCAGGUGCUUAAUAUGAGGAGUUUUCAGUACUUGGCCUAUUGUCAGGGCACUGCUGCUGAAGUUUGUGAAGUUAUUUUAAGAUGGAAUUGAUACCAAUUGAAGGCUGAGAAAAUAAGACAAUAAAGGAGUACUUGAAUGCUUUGUGUAACUUUUUUAGGUAUGUUCUUGGGUUGUGGUGUGGGUACAGAAACUUUUCAACAGAUUUCCUGGACUACAGACUUCCUGAACAGUCUCUUUGGUCUUAAAAUUGUUCUGUGCAAGUGUCCAAUCUGCUUCACUGCUCUUGCAUGUAGCCUUAGUGUCAUGAUAUUGUGCCAUUGUUUGAUGAGAAAAAACUGAGUAUUUUUGAUAUUGCAUUUGAUACAGGUGAUAUAUUAACCUUUGCAAAUCAAUUUUAAAAUGGUUCUAAUAUUUUGAAGUCAUUAUUUCCUUACAGGUUUCUGGUGGAUCUAAUAAUUUAACUGUAGGCAUUUCUUCUCAUUUAUGUUUCAUCUGAAACUCAGAGUUGUCUUUGUUUUGUGCUGGAGGGCCAAGGUGACAAACCUGGUGCUAAGAUACCUUGAAAUUAUCUUUGCAAACCCCCAAAAAAUCCUGUUCAUUGUCUAUGUUUUAACCGUUUGGCUUGCUCAGACUUUUUUGGAAAUGCCCAUUUUUGCCAUGAUGAGUUGCUCAUAGCUGUUCCAUCCAGCCAUUUUGGUGGUACACACUUGCCCCAGUUUGGUUUUGCCAUAUGUUUUUAUGGUGGAGUUGGAUACUGUGGGUCUUCUGAAGGGUUUCUCAUUCAAAUGAGUGGAUUUCCUGAGUGUUACCAAGAAUGCUUGGAAUGGUCUUGCAUUGGGUUCUUUUAGUUCUUGCAGUCAAGGUGCAAGCAGUCUUCUGUGAAUAAUUGGUAAAGUGGAUUUUUUUUUUAAUGGUUUGUGGCAUUGAAGAGUUCCUAAUGAAACCCCUUGUGGAAAGAGGAUAGAUGGUUGUAGGAGAUAAAUGGCAGGUCUGUGGAGGAAUUAAAAGGGAUGGUGUUGGUUCUACUGGUGGAAGCCAAUGGUUUUGGGCUGUUGGGAUGCUGUGCCGUGGAUGUUCCCAUAGAAACCCAAACUAGCCCAUUGCCCCUUUGUCCUCCAGUGGUCCCCCAGUGGCUGAUGCCUCUGUCUUGUUGUGAUGCCUAUGAAUAUGCCAGAUGUCCUUGUGCUUUAAGGGGUUGUUUUUGGUCCUGGAAUACAACUGGCAGUCAGAAUCAAGUGGUCAGGGAAUACUUGGAUCACCUCCAUUCCCUUGGUGAUACAUCCUCUUGAUUCCAGGAUGUUGUGUUGGAGAUGUCCAUUGAUUGAUUUGCAAUUCUGCAGCUUGGCUAUUGUGCAGCUUUAAAACUAAUUUGUUGUGCUACGAUCUGUUAAUGACCAUGAAUGGGUUAAGAAUGUGCAUUGGAAAUAAGCAGUUUGAUGGUGUUGGACUGACAUGACCGCAGUGCCUUGGUGUAGCUGAUGGCAAUGGCGUGGCUGUCGGAUUUGAGCUGUUGGGGGAAACCACUAGGGAGGCGCUGUGGAGCUGGAGGGCAGUCUCAGCUCUGCAGGGUUGGCUUGGCAGCGGCUGAUGCUCCUGUCCCCCCCUGCCAGUGCCAGCACUGGGGGGCAAAGGGGAGAGCUCCUGUCUGGGGAUUCUGCCACCGAACUGGGGGGAAGCUGCCCCUUGGGUGGGGUGACCCCCAGGGUGGGCUGCUGCUGCCUGCAUGGCUGUGAGCUCCACUUCCAUGCCUUCAAAAUGGCUUGUAACAGCACCACUUCCUGUCCAGGGAGGAAGUAAUUUUAGCCCAGGCACUGAAAUAUUUAGCAAAUCUUUAAAACAAAAGGCACAAAUUCCAUUUCUUUCUGGCUUCCAAAGGGUGCCUGAGCCACAUGGGGUUAAGGUGCCCCUUGAGCUGGGGUAGUUGGAAGGAGCCAGGGCUGUGGGGUAGCAGGCACUCUUUAGGUGGAGGCUCUCUCUUUUUUUGGUAGAAAUGAAGGGGUGGGUCUAUGGUACAUCACCUGAGUUGUGGGGUAAAUGUAGAGAGUGUCAAUCAAAGGCAGAGCUCAGAGCUGGGAAGGAGCUCUAGAUGGCGGCUGUGCCUUAGAGAGAGCGCGCUCAGCUCCGUGCCUUCCCCAACACUUUACGCAACUUUCCCUAACUUUCAGGCAGCCUCAGGGGGCCCCCACAGCCCCUUGCCUCUCCUAGGCACUAAUCGGGGGCCGAGCGGACCUUUUUCGGGCAGAAAAGCAGCUUUUGAGGGCUCCCUUUUCGUGCCUUGCUGGAAAGAAGAAGCCGUGGAGAGAGCCCAGGUCGUUGUUUUUCCAGCUUAGAAGCCAUGGCGUACCUCCAUUUUUGUGCGCUCUCCUAAUGAGCUUUUUCCCCCGGACAUUUUUGUACUAAUUACCGCUUCUUUUGCUUUAUCGGCAGCAUAUUUUUGGGAUUAGAAUAUAUAUAUUUUUUUCAUUUUCUGAAAUUUGUAUUUUGUCGGUAUAAUUCUAAAUAUUUUGGAUCUAAUGUUUUUCCACUACCCGAAACUAAUAUCGACUUGGUCCUGGCGGCGGUGCAUGGAUCAGUAAAUACCUGGGCACAGGACUUCAAAGCAAACAGACACCCCUGACCCCCUUUUAAUAUUUAAGAAUAAAAAGAUGAUGAGAAAUAAGGACAAAAGCCAAGGAGAGGAGGGUUCAGUCCACAGCAAUGCAUCGAGCUUUAACCCUUUGUGAAACUGUCCGGAGGCUUUUUUGAAAAGGAAGUGUGCAUGAUCAGUGCGGGACACAAAAAGAAUAAUGUGCAAGGAAUUCACAUGAAUCAUGAUGUAAUCUGUGUGCAGCACAAAGGAGAUUGUUCUUGUUUUGCUUUGUUACUUCUGUUUCACAUUACCCUGUGAAGGAAGUGUCUCAUCUAAUUACGCAUGCACAGUCCUGAGGCUUUCAACUCCCCUGUUUUGUGAUUGCUGCCAGAGAUGGAUACAGCAUAUACAGUGCUAUAAAAAGGGCUCACCAACUGCAAGAAGCUACUUUUAGCUGUCAUUCAUUGUCUUCUGGAUUGUUCUUUUUUUAGUUAAACAUCUUAAGCUAAUUAAUCAAAUCGUGUAGAUUCUCUAAAAUGCAUGACUUUUGCUGAAUAAAAAUUGGAAAAUGGGAAUAAAGAGCUCACCUGGGUAAUGGUGUAACCCAGUUUCUGUGCCGGGGCAGGGGCACUGCCAUGGCCGAGUGCACGUGUGUGCAGGCGUGUUCCCAACUCCAUGAGCGCCUUCAGCCCAGGGAAGGUGACGUGGCUCGGAUCUGCGAUCUGUUUCCCGUUCUGCCGGGUUGAUGUUUCACCUGCCGCACUCUGAGGGCAGCAGCUGCCCUUAUCUGCACCUUCCCCACUUCCUCCAGCGCUGGAGCCGAGCUGUGGCUCCGUGCUGCCAUUUCUGAGAACGCAGAUCCUGGCUGUGCCUGGGGCUGCCAUAACCACACUCCUGCCUUCAAACAAACACUUCCACUGGGGGCUUUGACUGGGCUCAGGAGGGCCAGGAAGGCACCAAUGUUUUAUUUUAAUCUUCCAACUCGGUAUAGGGAUAAACCAAUUCCUGUCUUUGUUUUCAUGUUUCACCCCUCAGAAAGUUGCACGUAGCAUUGACAGGUUACUGAGCUGCCAGAUUUGUCUCUGAGGAAUUUUUAUACUGGGGCAUCUCUUAAUUCAGGUUUAUCAGUGAUGGUUUUGAAGAGCAGGUGAGAGUAGCAGUGGCAGAUGCAGACUGCCCUGAGGUGAAGUACCUGAGACAGUGAGCAGGAGUCUAGGACUGAACUGCAGAUUCUGAUCCAUGGACUGGCUGCUUUUGAACUCGAGACAGCCCAAGUAAACCUACUUUGGGUGGGUUUGGCAGCUUACACUGUAAUUGCAUCUCCUGAUACAUAAAUGUAGGUGUGUGUAUCCACUGUAUCUUGUUUCAUGUUGCAUACAAUGGUCCCAGCAGGAAUUGUGAUGUUAAAUUAGGCUGCUAAGUUCUGGAGAUGGAAAAAGCUUCUAAAUCUCUCCUUGCCCCUAGCUGAAAUCCAGCUCAUGAAAGAACUGAUAAUGGCUGGAGAAAGCUUCUGUUCUGCUUUCUCUCUCUUCUCCUUCAAAGAAAAUAAAUACAAACAGCACAGCACUGGGGGAGGGGAUGGCCUGGAUUACCACAGUUAGAUAGAAGCAGCCUUCUAGCAAAGGAUGUGCUGUUCCACUGACAUGGUGUCUCACAUCAAUCUUUCUGGUGUGCUGAAAUACCACGUGAAGAUGCUCUUUCAGUAAGUGCUAGUGUGUACUUAAAUCCACCUUUCACAUCCCUUAGGGGAGCCUUGAAAUUAAAGAAAAAAAGUACAGAGGAAAAGUUCACCCCUAGUAACUUGCAGUGAAGCUUUUUUAAGUCUGUCACACUGUUAAUGCCUCAUUUUCUUAGAGCAGGGAGUGUCUUUGGAUAUAAUGAGCCAAGUGUUGCCGAGUCUUUCCAAAUGUGCAGCAGCUCAUUUUACAUUACAGUUUGUAAUGCACUGCUGCUACACAAAUUAUAAUUUUCAAUCUUCACUAUCCUUUAUAUUUACCUGUGGGCUGAGAUAACCUACUCGGUAAUACAUGUGCUUUUUUUACCUUGACUAAUAAGGGUUAAAAAUUAAAAAAUUUUUAACAGUGAUCUCAGAUUCCUUUCUGGUAUUGUGCUGGAAGUGCUGGCAUGACUUUUGAUCUUGGCAGGGCUCAGUGCAGUGUCUGCCAAGCUCCACAGACGGGAUGGGAUGGUUAACACUUCACUGCUCACCAACCUUUACCCCAGCUAUGAACAAGGGUGUUGCAAUGUCAAGAAUCCACUGACUCCAGAACACCCGACUCCUGUUGCACCAAUUAAUGUUUCUUGCAAGUGUUAUUGUUAAGUAUAGAUGACUUAAUAGAAUUGCUAAUACUUUAAUUAUACGAGUCGUUUGCACCUCUCUCAUGGGGAGGAAUCUCUGUGCUUCACUACAGAGUUGUCACCAGUUGAGAUCUGAAUGCCAUUUGCUGUCUGUAAAACUUUGGAUAGUGAUGAGCCUUAAAUGUCUUGGUUAAAAACAGUCACUUUGAAUAACCCCCUCAAGCCAGAUCAGGCUCCCUUCUUCUGAACUACAGGUCACCUGGAGCCAUAAAGGAAUUUCUGCCCCAUCAUGCAGGGACAGCCUGAUGACGAUGUGCACCCCCGGGCUCCUGCUGCUCUCCCUGGCUGGGGUGAGGAGGAGCUGGGAGCUGCCAGGAGCCAGCGGGGUUCUCCCGCUGCUGUGGGAUGUGGAGCCCGGAAAGGCUUCGCUGCCUCCCGGGGAGGGAGAGAUGGGCCCUUUCAAACCCUGAGAACUGCAAUUGUUCUCCCCUUUCUGUGCAGGGAAAGGGAAGGAUGCUGUCUUGGAGAUUAUCAAUGGUGCUCCUUAAUCAACCAGACAGGUUUUGACUCCUUUUGUCCCUCUGCUGUUCUUUUUCUCUUUUUUUUUUUCUCUUUUCCCAUUAAACAUCCCAAGCAUUUUUAGCCUCUGGCUUAAAGAUCAGAGAGGAGAGAGCCAGCUCUCCCCAUCAUUAAUGAAUUGAUCCUUUUGCCUGCUGGUGCAAGCACAACACAGUGUCUUCCUAGUGGAGGAAAAACCCUCACCAACUUUUGGAAAGUCUGUGUCAUUCAGGAUAGCCCAAUGUGCUUUGCUGAACUGCAGCGAGUAGUGAGGGGUAUAUUUAGCUCUGCCUUUGGCAUUUGGGAGUCCUGUGCUGAGGUAAGUAGCAGUGGCCAGAAUAGGCUGGAAAGCCUCACAGCCUAGUUCAAGUGGAUAUUUUGGAUAGAUACUUCUUGGAUGCGUAAUCCCUCAGCUGGUACAGCAGCACAGCUGUGCCCAGCGCUGUGUAAAUGUAAUUAACACCCAACCCUGCAAACCGAGUUUGCAGGCACAGGUGGGAGAAGUGUGGAUUCUCCAUGAGAACUUACCACGUGUCUGUUUAAGGAAAAAAAAAAAAAAAAAAAAAAAAAAGUUGCUGAUCAUAAAGUGAGGUUAGGGAAAUAUUUUUAUGCUUCUUUGAAGAACAUGGUAAACUGGAAGGGGCAGCCCUGUCACCGUUGGAGUUUGUUGUGCCCCUUUAAAGCAGACCCAGAUUUGGACAAAUAAUCCUUUGAGUAUUCAAAGUUGCUUGAGACUUACUCCUAAACAGUAUGAGGAGCCUGGUUGCAUUUAGGAUAUUGUAAUUUAAGUUCCUGCUUGAAGACAGUCAAUGUGUAAAAGUACCAUGCAUAGGUAUGGAGAGUAGAGGAGCAGGACUAUUUUUCUUCUUUCUCUUCCCCCCAUUUCUACUUUUCCCUGCAGGAAAUAAACUGGGAAAAGCUCUUUCACCAAAUGACCCUUCUCAAGGUUUCUCACUCAGAAAAUCUGCCUUGGGAGACAGGCAAGGACCAAUCACUUUUUAGCAGACUUUCAGAGUAAAAUCAAGGGAACUGAAAACGCUAGGAAUUUACUUAUUUAUCUUCAGUGUCACAAUCUGUCCUUCGCUUGGCUCUCCUGCACACUCCAUGUGCCGUGUCUGUAUGGCCUUGUCUAUGAUUCUGUGGUAUUUGCUCAGUCCUCUGUGGUACCCAUAUUAUCUUUAUCCAGUGAUCUAUAGCAAGAACCCAUCUUGUGUUCCUCUCCCUGGCUUGUUGAGCCUAAAGGUUAAAUUUAGUUUAGUGCCUUUUUACAGCUACCCUGUGACUUGAGUAACACAUAUCAGCAUUGACGAUGCUUGUUUGUAUUUGCAAUAUAUGUAGACAUUUCACAUAUGUUUAUAUAGAAACAUAGAAUGGUUUGUGUUGGAAAGGACAUUCCUACCUCCCUGCCAUAGGCAGGAACACAUUCCCUUAGACCAUGUUGCUCAGAGCCCCAUACAACCUGCCUCAAAUGCUUUCAAGCAAUGGAGCAUUCACAAACUGUCUGAGCAACCUGCUCCAGUGCUUCAGCAAGCUCACAGUAAGCAAUUUUUCCCUGAUAUUUAAUCUAAACCCACUUCCUUUCAGUUUGAAGCCAUUCCCUUAUCCUGUCACUUCUUGUAAAUAGUUUUUCUUCAUAAUAGGGAACAUCACAUUUAUAGAUCAGAUAUUCAAAGGAAAUGUUUAAUAGCAGCACACUUCUCAUCUUGGUGUAUUUGUCCUUUUUGUGGUUUGUCGCCCUGCUUGUGUAUCCCAUAGUUUGUGCAGGUCACUUUAGGAAGACAGACCUGUUUAAAUAGUUUUAAGUUGGUGGCCUGCAGUGGCUUUGCUGCUCUGUGCUUCGGAAUAAAUCUCAGGCUGGUUCUGCUGGUGGAUGGGAGUGGCUUGGAGCAGCUGGCAGCCUGAGCUGAAGAGCUGUGGGGGCCCAGGAGCUCCUCUCAGGUAGAGCUGGCUCUGCCAGGCACCUGGUCUGGACCCUGCCACGGUCCUGCCAAGCCAGCGGGGCUGUGGGGAUAGGGCAUGGAGUUGGGCUGACCCAGCAGCUGCCUCCAACCCUGGGCUGCUCACCCCCUUCUCAGGAUCUGUUAGAUUGGAAAAGACCCCUGAGAUCAUGGAGUCCAAGCUAUUGUUGUGUUGUCUACUCAGCAACUCGCUGCACUGCCAAGUGCAGUUUAUUUCCACUGUCCCUGUUACUGUGAAGGCUGGGUCUGGGCCAGGCUGAAGCUGGUGCUGACCUGCUGUUUCUCUGGGCUAUCCAGCUGUGAUAUCAGGAAAUCUGGCUGGUCCAGCCAUGCUGGGAACAUGGGCUGCAGGCUGAGGAGGCAUGGGAGCAGGGAGGGGCUGCGUCCCAGCCACCUGCCCGGGGCAUUUUGGUGUCAGCAAGCCGUGGAUGUGCACCUGGGUGUCAGUUACCCACAGCGCUGCUGACGCUGUGGCCAGCAAUGCACAGGAGUUACAUACAACGGUUCCUUCUGUCAUCCAGCCCCUGAUGUGAUCCAGCCAUGGGACAAUCUGCCAAGGUCCUUCUCCAGCCUUCACAGGGUGGUUUUGCUGGUGCCGAAUCCCUGCAGAGCUUGCGAAGCACAGUAGAAUGUUGCUGUUUGGAUUCAAACUUGUUUAGAUUCAAAAUAGUCACAACAGUUCUUAAAGCUGGGAGGAGCUUUGCUUGUGGGAAGGUCUUGGGUUAUUAAUCCUCCUUUAUUCUCCUGUCUGAAUUCAAGUUCUGUCCCUCAAAAGCCACAUUUUAAACACUGGGAUAGAAUGGUCCCAGUUAGAGCCAUUCCCUGAUCAGUUCUUGGUUUCACAAAUGCAUAUUGGGAUCAUUUUUUCAGCUGUCUCACACCUUCUGGAAGCAUAUCUACUGUUUGUUCUUACUGAGUGAAAGCUUAUAAAAUGAUUUGCUGUUUGCAAAGAUGAUACCAUACAAAAUAAAGUCAUAUAUGAAAUAUUAAAUGCAAAGUCCAGAGGCUUCAGGCACAUUUUAAACUCAGAUGCCUCAUUCUAAAGGGUCUUAUCGCUGCUUUUCAGCUACUUAUUUCUUGGAAGGAACACAUCCUUCUUGGUAAGGAAUGAUUUAGUUUUGCUCCUCCUCAGGUCAAGAGCAGGCUCUUAAUUAAAACAGACUUAACAGCCUGAAGUAUUUCUUAGAAACCAGAGGAAUGUAUUUGGCUGAGUCUUUGCAGAUCUCAACUUCUUUUAGGAGUUUCUCACUUCAAUCACUCGGCAUCCGAAGAAGCCUCUGGCUCUGACUCUGCAAGCCAGUCUGAAAGUGAGCAGGGCAGCGAGUCAAACAGCAGCUCCGAGUCCUCUGAGAGUCAGUCUGAAUCCGAAAGUGAAUCAACGGGUUCCAAAUCCCAGCAGACCCCUCCUGAAACCAAAGAAAAACCAGCCUCUAAGAAGGAAAGGAUAGCAGAUGUUAAAAAGAUGUGGGAAGAAUAUCCUGAUGUUUAUGGGGUUAGGAGGUCAAACCGAAGCAGACAAGAACCGUCACGAUUUAAUAUAAAAGAUGAGGCAAGUAGUGAAUCUGAAAAUGAGAGCCCAAAAAGAAGACGCCAGAAGCAGUUGAAAAGAAAAAUUAAAUGGAAAAGAGAGAUCUCUGCUGGAGAAGAGGAUGAAGAUGGAGGGGAGCAAGGCACCAGUGGAGAGAGCGAGCCUGAACCGAAGAAAAUUAAAGCAAGAAGACCUGUCCAAAGGAGAACAGUGGCUAAAACUGGUGUUAAAAAGCCCCACAAAAUCCAGCGUGGGAAGAGGAAGAAACCAGACUCGUCUGAAGAUGACGAUGAUGACGAAGACGAUGAGACCCCCAAGAGACAAACUCGGCGAAGAGCAGCCAAAAAUGUCAGCUACAAAGAGGAUGACGAUUUUGAGACGGAUUCUGAUGACCUGAUAGAGAUGACUGGGGAAGGAGCUGAUGAACAGCAAGACAACAGUGAAACUAUUGAGAAAGUCUUGGACAUCAGGCUUGGAAAGAAGGGAGCCAUCGGAGCUUCCACCACCGUGUACGUGACCGAGGCCAACGGCAACCCCAGCGCCGACUUCGACCCCGAGAAGGACGAGGGGGAAGUGCAGUACCUGAUCAAAUGGAAGGGCUGGUCCUACAUCCACAGCACCUGGGAGAGCGAGGAGUCCUUGCAGCAGCAGAAAGUGAAGGGCCUGAAAAAGCUGGAAAACUUCAAGAAAAAAGAGGAGGAGAUCAAGCAGUGGCUGGGCAAGGUAUCACCUGAAGAUGUGGAAUAUUUCAACUGCCAACAAGAGCUGGCUUCAGAGCUGAACAAACAGUAUCAAAUAGUGGAGAGGGUAAUUGCUGUGAAGACCAGCAAGUCUGCCACGGGACAUUCAGAUUUCCCAGCAAACAGUCGCAAAACAUCCUCAAACGACCCUGAAUACCUGUGUAAGUGGAUGGGGCUGCCCUAUGCUGAGUGCAGCUGGGAAGAUGAGGCUCUGAUCAGCAAGAAAUUUCAGCACUGCAUUGACAGCUUCAACAGCCGUAACAACUCCAAGACGAUUCCCACCCGGGACUGCAAGGUGCUGAAGCAGAGGCCGAGGUUUGUUGCCCUGAAGAAGCAGCCGCCCUACAUCGGCGGGGAGAACCUGGAGCUGCGGGAUUACCAGCUGGAGGGCCUCAACUGGCUCGCUCACUCCUGGUGCAAGAACAACAGCGUGAUCCUGGCUGAUGAAAUGGGGCUGGGCAAGACAAUUCAGACAAUUUCAUUCCUGUCCUACCUGUUCCAUCAGCACCAGCUCUAUGGCCCUUUCCUGGUGGUCGUGCCCCUGUCCACCCUCACCUCCUGGCAGAGGGAGUUUGAAGUGUGGGCCCCUGAGAUAAACGUGGUGGUUUACAUUGGAGACCUCAUGAGCAGGAACAUGAUCCGUGAAUAUGAGUGGAUCCAUUCUCAGUCUAAAAGACUGAAAUUCAAUGCACUUAUCACAACGUACGAGAUCCUCCUGAAGGAUAAGACUGUUCUGGGAAGCAUUAACUGGGCCUUUCUGGGCGUGGACGAAGCCCACCGGUUGAAGAAUGACGACUCCUUGCUGUACAAAACGUUGAUUGAUUUCAAGUCCAACCACAGGCUGCUGAUCACUGGCACGCCACUUCAAAACUCACUCAAGGAGCUCUGGUCCCUGCUGCACUUCAUCAUGCCAGAGAAGUUUGAGUUCUGGGAGGACUUUGAGGAGGAUCAUGGUAAAGGUAGAGAGAAUGGCUACCAGAGUCUUCACAAAGUCCUGGAGCCGUUUCUGCUGCGCAGAGUGAAGAAGGAUGUGGAGAAAUCUUUGCCAGCCAAAGUGGAGCAGAUCCUCCGGGUGGAAAUGUCUGCUCUGCAGAAGCAGUAUUACAAGUGGAUUUUGACAAGAAACUACAAAGCUCUUUCAAAGGGAACAAGGGGAAGCACAUCUGGUUUCCUGAAUAUUGUGAUGGAAUUGAAAAAGUGCUGCAACCAUUGCUACCUUAUCAAACCUCCUGAGGAAAAUGAGAGAGAGAAUGGCCUUGAGACUCUGCAGUCUUUGAUCAGGAGCAGUGGAAAGCUGAUUCUCUUGGACAAGCUGCUGACCAGGCUGCGGGAGAGAGGCAACAGAGUGCUGAUCUUCUCCCAGAUGGUGAGGAUGCUGGACAUCUUGGCAGAGUACCUGACUAUCAAACACUACCCUUUUCAGCGCUUGGACGGCUCCAUCAAGGGCGAGAUCCGGAAGCAGGCGCUGGAUCACUUCAACGCCGACGGCUCCGAGGACUUCUGUUUCUUGUUGUCAACACGAGCUGGAGGGCUGGGAAUUAAUUUGGCCUCUGCUGAUACUGUUGUUAUCUUUGACUCGGACUGGAACCCCCAGAAUGAUCUUCAGGCUCAGGCCCGAGCUCAUCGGAUUGGGCAAAAGAAGCAGGUGAAUAUUUACCGCCUGGUCACAAAGGGGACAGUGGAGGAAGAGAUCAUUGAGAGAGCCAAGAAGAAGAUGGUGCUGGAUCAUUUGGUCAUCCAGCGUAUGGACACCACUGGCCGGACUGUGCUGGACAACAACUCUGGGAGAUCCAACUCAAAUCCCUUCAACAAGGAGGAGCUGACAGCUAUUUUGAAGUUUGGAGCUGAAGAUCUUUUCAAGGAGCUUGAAGGGGAAGAGUCAGAGCCUCAGGAGAUGGACAUCGAUGAGAUUCUGCGUCUGGCCGAAACACGGGAGAAUGAGGUGUCCACCAGUGCCACGGACGAGCUGCUCUCACAGUUCAAGGUUGCCAACUUUGCAACCAUGGAAGAGGAAGAGACAGAGCUGGAUGAGCGGUCCCAGAAGGACUGGGAUGAUAUCAUUCCAGAAGAGCAGAGGAAAAAGGUGGAAGAGGAAGAAAGGCAGAAAGAAUUGGAGGAAAUCUACAUGCUGCCUCGAAUCCGGAGCUCAACUAAAAAGGCUCAGACAAAUGACAGUGAAUCUGAUGCAGAGACCAAGAGAAGGCUUCAGAGGUCAUCUGGGUCAGAGAGCGAGACCGACGACACCGACGACGAGAAGAGACCGAAGCGCCGGGGACGCCCUCGCAGUGUCAGAAAGGACACUGUGGAGGGAUUUACUGAUGCUGAAAUCAGGAGGUUUAUCAAGGCUUACAAGAAGUUUGGAUUGCCUCUUGAACGGUUGGAGUGCAUUGCCCGGGAUGCUGAGCUGGUGGAUAAGUCUGUGGCUGACCUGAAGCGGUUAGGGGAGCUCAUCCACAACAGCUGUGUGUCAGCAAUGCAGGAAUAUGAGGAGCAGCUGAAGGAAAAUCCAGCAGAAGGGAAAGGACCUGGGAAGAGACGAGGUCCUACCAUCAAGAUUUCUGGUGUCCAAGUCAAUGUGAAAUCCAUCAUCCAGCAUGAAGAGGAGUUUGAAAUGCUGCACAAAUCCAUCCCCUCAGACCCAGAGGAAAGGAAGAAGUACCGCCUGACGUGCCGUGUCAAAGCUGCUCAUUUUGAUGUAGACUGGGGAGUGGAGGAGGAUUCUCGCUUGUUAGUGGGAAUUUACGAGCAUGGUUAUGGAAACUGGGAGCUAAUUAAAACAGAUCCGGAGUUGAAGUUGUCUGAUAAGAUCCUGCCUGUUGAGACAGAUAAGAAACCUCAGGGAAAACAGCUUCAGACCCGAGUUGAUUAUCUACUGAAACUGCUGAAAAAAGAUCUGGACAAGAAAGAAAACAUGAAAGAUGGGGAAGAGGGCAAGCUAAAGAAGAGGAAACCACGAGUAAAGAAAGAGAACAAGGCUCCCAAAGUCAAGGAUGAGCAUGGGAAUGAACUCUCCUCUCCUCGGCACUCAGACAACCAGUCAGAAGAAGGUGAAGUCAAGGAGGAUGGCUUGGACAAGAGCCCAGUGAAAAAGAAACAAAAGAAGAAAGAGAACAAAGAGAACAAGGAAAAACAGACAUCCUCUAAGAAAGAAAAGGAAAGUGAUAAAGAGAAAAAGAAGACAAGAGACAAGAAAGAGAAGCCUAAAGGUGGCGAGGCCAAAUCUGGAAGUAAAGGGAAGAGAUCACAAGGUCCCGUCCACAUCACUGCAGGGAGCGAGCCCAUCCCCAUUGGAGAAGAUGAGGAUGAUGAUCUGGACCAAGAGACAUUCAGCAUAUGCAAGGAAAGGAUGAGACCAGUCAAAAAAGCACUGAAGCAACUUGAUAAGCCUGACAAGGGACUGACAGUUCAAGAACAGCUGGAGCACACACGCAACUGCCUCCUAAAAAUCGGUGAUCGCAUCUCUGAGUGCCUUAAAGCCUACACUGACCAGGAUCACAUCAAGCUAUGGAGAAGGAACCUAUGGAUAUUUGUAUCAAAAUUUACAGAAUUUGAUGCCAGAAAACUACACAAACUCUACAAGAUGGCUCAUAAGAAAAGAUCACAGGAAGAGGAGGAGCAGAAGAAGAAGGAGGACAUGUCCAGCAUGAAGAAGCCGUUCCGCCCAGAGCCCUCGGGCUCCAGCCGCGACUCCGUCAUGUCCCAGUCCCACGUGCCUCACAAUCCUCACUCCCAGAAGAUGCACAUGCCCCCUUCCCACACCCAGCAGCAGAUGCACGGGCACCCACGGGACAACUACGGCCAUCCCAACAAGAGACAUUUCAGCAACACAGACCGAGGCGACUGGCAGAGGGAUCGGAAGUUCAACUACGGCGGCAACAGCAACCAGAUGUGGGGCGGGGAGCGGCACCACCAGUACGAGCAGCACUGGUACAAGGAGCACCACUACGGGGAGCGGCGCUCGCGGGGCGACCCCCACCGCAGCUCGGGGAACUACCGGCCGAACAACCUGUCCCGCAAGCGGCCCUACGAGCAGUACGGCAGCGACCGCGACCACCGCGGACACCGCGACUACUACGACAGGCACCACCACGAUUCCAAACGCCGGCGGUCCGACGAUUUCAGGCCUCAGAACUACCACCAGCAGGAUUUCCGGAGGAUGUCGGACCACCGGCCGCCCAUGGGCUACCACGGCCAGGGACCCUCGGACCACUACCGGUCCUUCCACACAGACAAACUGGGCGAUUACAAACAGCCCCUCCCGCCAGCCCACCCCGCCGUCUCGGACCCUCGCUCGCCCCCCUCUCAGAAAUCCCCCCACGACUCCAAGUCACCUCUCGAUCACAGGUCACCUCUGGAUAGGUCAUUGGAACAGAAAAACAAUCCAGAUUAUAACUGGAACAUUCGGAAAGCAUGAAGGGACUGGAGGGGGAAGUGCACGUCUGGGAUACUGGCGUUGAUGUGGCGGUGGCUGCUUUCUCCAAGCCAGCAACGAGAAACUCUGAACAUGCUGCUAUCACCUGGCUGGGUCAAGGAAGAUUUUGGGGGAGUGGGUGGAGGAAGAUUUUCCCUAGUUCUUGAUUCUGGUUUAGAUUCCCGGUUCCUUUCCCCUUUUUUUUUUACCAUUGAACUGUUCUGUCAUGGAACCAGCCUUGCUGCCUCGUUCUUUGUUUUGUUUUUGUUUUCCUCAGUCCAAUGGACCCAAGGGAAUUUUCCCCAGCCAGUAUUUCCUCAGAAGGAGAAGGCAGAUCGAUGCUGCUUAGGAUGGUGCAGAAGGCUGUGUGCCUGCUCUGACUUGAUAUUACGUGACAGAUGCUGCUUUGGGGUUGGGGAUGGGAUUUGUGUGUCACCAGCAUGGGGCAACUGGAGGAUAUAUUCAAGGAGGGACAGGUUGAAAGAGGCACUUGAUGUCCCUGCACAAUGACUCCAAAGGAGCUGGAGCCAUGCUGGUGACAAUCCAUCACUUUCCUGCCCAUGUUAUCAUUUCCAUGUCUUUAUCCAUUUCAAGAAACUGGCUCUGCUUUGAUGCUGUUGUGUCCCCUACAACAGAAGAGGUGGGGGGAUCUUCCUCCCACCUCCAGAGCUGGAACUGGCAAAUCUUGACUCUCUAGGGGUAAGAGGGAUAUGGGAAAAAAAGGCCAACUUCCUUAGCAAAGGCUUAGCUCACUUCUAACCAGCAGGGAAGAAAUUGGGGUGAGAACAGUAUUUCCUCAUGGACAGGGCUCAGAAAUUCAUAACAAAACUCUUCUGGCAUGGGCAGCUUGGGUGGUCCAGGAACUAACAGAUGCUGGCUGGGAGGUGCAGGAUCAAAAGUUGGCUCUGGAGAUCCUGGAACUCCUAAUCUUCCUGCCACUGAAGUCUCUGGUCUUUGGGCAAGUCGUUUCUUUCUGUGCUUCACAAAGCAGUGAUCACAAACCUUUACUGCAACUGAGGGGUAAUGGAUGGUAGAACAAAGUGAAAUAGCAAUCCAGUGAUCAGUGUUCAGGGAAUGGUCACAUUCCUGCUGCCUUUCCAGCAGUCAGCAGUGACUCUGAAUUGCUAAAAGUACCUGCACUUACAGACCUUUUGUUUGUCUAAAUUGGAAAUGAACUGAGGACUUAGCACCUCAGUGAGCAGGGAGAGAAUGAGGAAUUCAGGAUUUGAUCUGUAAAGAUUCUUGGAGCAAAUGUCUUAGAGUCCAGUGUGGCAGAGGGAAAAGCUGUGCAGCCCAGCUCAGUGGACUUCAGGGCAAACCCUCCAAGUAUUCAAACCACAGCAUUUAAUGUAAACCAGUAUCUGGCCUGGACACUGGUGUGGUGAGAGGGUUAGUUGUGCACAUACUGCUGGCCAGAAGCACUUUGGGUGAUUAUUUUUCAGGCUGGAGUUCCCUGGAGCCCACAAAGCUCUCCCAAGAGCCAGGCUUCCCCCAGUGUGGUGCCUGGGGCUGCAUCACCCCAGAGCUCAGUAUUAAAGACCAAGCUGUUCCAGACUCCUGUUGGGUGGGACACAGAAGCUGGGCCUCCUGUUAAGAUGCCAGUAUUUGACCCUACUAAGCUGUGAUAUCCCUUCCCCAAAAGGCUGAGGGCAGGUGGGUGUUCAGGGCUGGCUUCCUGACUCCAGCCAGUGCCUUGGAAGGCGCUUGCAAACUGACACUAAACUCUGCAGUGUGUCCCUGGAAUCUGCUGCCAUCGCUCCUCCCCGUCUCACGGGAACUGUUUCCUUCCCCUUUUGUUUUUGUGUUGCAAGAUUUCCACCAGAUUCGGGGCAGUUUUGUUUCCUUAGAGGCACUGCUGCCCUGGUCAAGUGUUACACUUGUGUUUACCUGUGCAGGGUGAGGUGAAGGCGAGUCUUCCACAGUCCCCCUGGGAGGGGUGGGAGGUGUGGAGAGAGCAGGUUUCUGUGGUGUUUCCCACUAAGCUGUGAUUGCAGGCUGUGGUGUUCAACAAAGAGGUCCUUUCUUUUCAGAGCUAUUAGCUUUUAAUGUGAAAAGGGAAGCAGCCUUGGAGGGGCAAAGAGAAUUGCUCUUUUUGUCAUGGUGGGAAGUUGGUGCCAUACUCGUGUAGCAAAGGCAAUACUGACCAACCAGUGAGAGGGCUGGUGCAGGAAAAUUUGGGUCCCAGCAAGAGGCAUUUUCUGUGUCCAGAUGUGGGGGUUUCUGCUUAUCCCAGGUUCCAGGCACUAGAUUGGUUGGGAUUUCUUCCUUCUUGUGCAUCAGCAAAAGCUUUAUCCAUAUCCACUGUAGAGCUGUCCCCACUGUCACUUCAGCCUGAUGUUGAAGUCACAUCAUGUCCACUCGUGGUGGGUGGGUCUUUGCUGGGUUUGGCUUUAGUGAAGCUGGAGAAGGAGAUUUGGGAGCAAGUCUUCCCUGAGCACACACAGACACACUUAUGCAUUUUAUGUCCCCUCAGCAUAGGGACCAUAACCAAACACAACCACAUGAGUGGGAUCAGAGGGGACACAUCCACAGCCAUAACCUUCCCUGUGGUGUUUGUGUCAGCAUCUGGUACAGCUCUUCCUUCUGAACCAGAUGUGGGAUUCCUUCCAACCUCUGCAGGAAAAAGCAGUAACUUGCUAGGGUUCCAUUAAAAAAAAAAAAUUAAAAAGAA